AUGGAACUGGUUACAAUCGUAGAUGAAGAUAACAACAAGUAUGCCUUUAAACGUUACAAAGGUUAUCCGUUUACUAUCGAUGUCGUUGGAAAUGUAAGAGACCAGCUUGAUAAAAUAGCACACCGUGAAAUCAAACAGGAUGAUGUUCUUGUUGCCGUAUUUCCAAAAUCUGGAACACACUGGCUCUACAAUACCGUAAUGAUGUUACGAUCGGGAUCUUUGACAUAUCACGGGACACCUACGAUGAUGGAAUUCCAAGAUUUUAAUCUAAUUGAGGAAAUGCCAUCUCCAAGAACAUUUGGCUCCCACCUGCGGUUUCGGUUUCUUCCCGAACAGAUGAAGCUUGGUAAAGGGAAAGUGAUCACCAUUACUCGCCAUCCGAAGGACCUUGUUGUGUCAAUGUAUCACAUGAUACAAAAACUGAAAACGUUCGUUGGAUAUGAAGGAACAUUUGAGGGUUUAAUUAAAUAUUUCCUCUCGGAAGAUUAUUUUAUCGGAUCGUGGUUUUCUACGAUAAAGGACUUGGAGGAAUGGAAAAGUCCUAAUUGCCUUUGCCUUUCGUACAGUGAUUUUAGAAAGAAUACAUUUGAGAACGUUGUCAAGAUGGCGAAGUUUUUAGAAGUGGAUCGUGACGAAGAUUUUCUGCGAUCUGUCACCCAAAAUAUUCAAUUUGAAAAAUUGAAAGAAAGUCAUAUAGAAACAACACCAUCCAAUGACCGGUGGAAAGAAAUUUGCGACGAAGGACGACUGCCAAUAUACAGAAAAGGUCAACCAGGAGAAUGGAAAAACAUGUUUACUGUUGCUCAAAGUGAACACUUCGAUCAAGUAUACGCGAAGAAGGUUGUGGAACUAGGUCUGAAGAUCAACUUCGGGUAUGAAUGA